ACCGGCGGGCAGCUCCGCGGGGCCGGGCCCGAGGUGGGGAAGGUUGGCGCGUGCGCACUCGCAAGUAGCUCCGCGGGGCGGGGCCCCAGGGGAGGACGGUCUGCGCGUGCGCACUGGUGGCCAGCCCCCUGGGUUUGGACCUUGGACACCUCCGCCGGUGAUCACGCCGCCGCUUUCCCCCUGGGCUUUCCUCGGCCAGGGUGCUGUCCAACGGGCGGCCCCAGGGUCAGUCAGCGGCCGCAGGGGUCCUGGAAUCCCCCACCCCCACAGUCCCCUCCCCACGACCCCGGACCGAGAGGGCUCCGGCCGAGAGCGGGGCGCCGUCCCCGGGAGACAGGCCCAGUUCUGGAGUGAGUCGGGCGGCGCCGCCACCUGCGCCCUGCCCUGAACUCCCCGGGACCCCAGGACCCCGACUCUCCCGCCGGCUACCUUCCAAAGGACCGGCCCAGUCCGUCCUGGGGGCCCAAUUCUCGUGGCCACUGAACAGAGGGCAGGAGGCACUCGAGGCCCCGGGCCCCGAGACUCCAGUCCCGGCCGGCCUUGUCUGGCCACCAUUGAGGCGUGGGGACGGGGAGCCCUGGCGGAACCUGUGCCAGGUGGGGUCCAUCGUGGGCCAGCUCUCCCAGCCCCUGCCCAUGGGGAACGCCGUCCUCAUAAAAAUAGUUCCACUGUUUCCUGGCUGCAUUUUCCGCCUAGCCGAUGAAUAGGGUCAUUAUGCACCAGUGGAUGCUGCACUGAGGCUCGCUUUCCGCUCCCACGGUCCCCUCCUGGCCCUGGGGGAGGGGGAGGCAGAGCUUGGCCACCCGGCCAUGUGAGUGGAACUGAAGCAGGCAGGUGGAGCUGCCUCAGGACAGCAUGGGGAGUGCCAUGACCAGGAGCCUGGAGCUGGUCAUCACCUCCUCACAUCUGUCCUGGGGGAGGAUUUGGAAGGACUUGAGGAUGGCAGACAGGUGGGGGUGGGACAGUUGGUGUCUGGGUGAGGAGAGGGCUGGGUGGCUGGGCGGGCCAGCACACUGACCACCACCCUGCCUGGAGAGGCAGCCCAGGAUAGGGCCUAGUGGGGGUCAGGGGUGUCCCCCCACAGGUUGUGCUGGGCGUCUGAGGCAGGUGGUGGUCAUAAGCCUGGACAGGUCCAGAGGGGCCAUCGCUGUGCAGCAGGCUCUGUGCACCACCAGUAGGGGGCUGAACCCUGAGUCCACAUCCUUCUCCAUGACUCUGACUGCCUCUCAGGAUAAACCACUGGUCAAAACAAGGUGACUGACCACACAAUUAACAGUGGACCUCGGGCACUGGCUGGUCCAGCCAUGGCCACUGGCAGAGGGCAGGCGGGUGGCCAUGCUUAUCCCUGCUUCUGGCCUACCCAGGGCACCACAGUCAGGAUCUGAGCAGCCACUGCAGGGCUGGCCUUAGGCCCUGGGCAGAACCCAGAAGGAGUGCCCAUUGUCCCAUCAGUCCACAGCCAGGCGAGUCAGCCCGUGGGAAUCCAGCCUGCUUCCGUUCCCGCCAGUCACCCAGCCCUGGCCCUCCUUCCUUCUAGGGAGGCCUCCUUCCUUCUGGGGAGGCCUCCUUCCUUCUGGAGAGGCCUCCUUCCUUUUGGGGGCCCCAGGCUCCGCCUCCUGCUGCUGCACUCAGAAAAUAUCUUGGCCUCGCACCUUCACUCCACUGCCUCAGAGGCCUCUGCCAUCCCACGCAGGGCGGGCCCAGCUCUUCUUACCGUGUGGAAAGCUAUUCAAGGGAGGUCACCCCGGAGCACCUGGGGGUUCAGCACAGGUGUGUCUGGAGCACACCCACGCACACCUGCAGAGCAUGGGCAGUGACAGUGUGGGCCUGGGGUCUCAGCAGACAGAGACCCUCUUUUGCCUCAGUCUUUCCCUGUAUAAAAUGGGGGUGCCAGCUUAUGUGGGAGCUUCCCAAAGAGAAGCCUGCAGAGGGAGGCUCAGCUCACAGCACUCAGGCAUCAGCCUCCAGCCUCCUGCUCAUCAAGCACCCCUGAGUCACACCCUGAGGGAAAGGUGCCCCAGAUGGGUAUGGCCAGCAGGUCCUGCUAAGACCCCACGGCCCGCACCCCACCAGCCCCAAGUAUGCUGCCUUCCAGUCAGCAAGACCCAGGAUGCCCAGCCCUCUGGCUGUAGAGCUGGUGGCCUCAGCAGUCAGGAUGGGAGUAGGCAGCUAUGCUGGCAGCAGGUGGUGACUGGGACCUUCUCAAACCUCAGGGCUGCCCUUCUGGAGCAGGAGAGGCUGGCACUGGCCCUCAGGAGGUACUUCCUACCAGCAAGCUCUGCCAAUGGCCAAGCUGCAGGAAGGGGACAGUGGCAUUCACUCUUGAGCAUCUUGGAUGGGGGCCACCCUCCAUGUCAUAGGGACUCCCGGGAAACUGAGAAAGGUUAGAACCAAGAACCACCCCCACCGGUUACUGCUACCCUCUCCCCAGUAGGACCUGAGGCCUCGGCCACAUCUGACCAGAAUGCACCAUCUGGCGAGGGCCAAAAGGAGGGCACCAAAGAGCCAGCCUGGAGGUGACCCGGGAAGAAGGGUGCACACACUCCACCCCUUCCAAUGAGAGGCACCUGGUCAGACCCUGAGGCACGCACAGGCAGUGUCACCCAGAGAGGAUGACCUCUGCCUGUCCACGCUCACCAGGAAUCAGACUUUACAACUGUUGCAGCAGAAUCCCCCCAGGGCCAACUCUGAGCUGCCCCUGAAGGUGGGGACGCCCAGGGAAGCUGAACCUGAGGGUCCCACAAGACACCAGGCACCCCAAUCUCCAGGGCAGCCCUGGCCUGGAAGGAGACACCUUGGUACCCCUAGGCCCAGCCUCGGUGAAGGCCAUCACUCAAAGGCCCAACAGGGGCCGUGCUCAGCAGGGUGGGCCAGCCAUCCUUCCGGGCAGAGGGCGGAGGAUGUGGGGCCACCUGCCUGUGCCUUCUCUCCAGCAUUCUCACAUUCUUAUAACAUACAGCUAUUGAGGAGUGACCACGCGGGCCCACGUUGUGCCAGGAGCAGGGGACGCCCUAUCCUGUCCCAGCCUCCACCGCCUGCUCCUCUCAGGACAGCGGGGCCUGGAGUGGGUGAGGGGAGGGGCCGCGAAGGGAGAAGAGGCUGCCGGCCUCACUGCCACUGGAUGCAGUCUCUGUGUCCCGGCCAGGCAGCUGGAGUCCCCCUCUGCCUCCUACAAGCGGGCUCUCGAGUGGCCUCCUCCCCUGCCCGUGGGUCUGGAUGUGGGUAUGGAGCCUGUCACUGACCCACAGUCCCCGAGCCUUCUCAUGGCACCUGGGCGGCCUCACAUGUUUCUCCAGAAAGAGGGAAGGAGGGUUUGUGCUCCUGCCCGGAUGAGCCAUGACUCGAGUCCUGAGGACAGGGGUGCUCGCAGGCCAGCCCUCACCCUGGCCUGGACUCUAUCGCCCACAAGAAGGCGGGGCUCCUGCUCCCCGCAAGCUGCCCUCAGUCAGCCAGGACCCCCUGGCCAGACCUGGCCUCCCACGGCCCCUCUUUCCAGAUGGCUCCCUUUUGCAAACUCCAGGACCCUGGGCAAUACAGGUCUCUCCCGUUCUGAUCACCCAGAGCACCUGGGGCCUUCCUCUUCUCGGGGGCUUCGCCGGGGUGGUGCACCCCAUCCCCUUGAUGACACAGCCCGCCCCCUCUGAAGGAAAACCACUUGGGGGUGGAGAGCCUGAGACACCCCAGGCUCGUGCUGAGUCCAGGGACUCUGACACUGGCCCCGAGAGGAGGGUCUCCACACCAGUGGCAUCAGCCGGUCCCAUGUCUGAGCCUCGAGCAUGAAGAGGAAACUCAGCUCCAUUUUGCACUUGGGGAAACAGACUCAGAAAGGUUGAGUAAGUCGAGCAAGGUCACACAGUCUGUGAGUGACAGAGUCGUGAUUCGCACCCACACCCGGGAGAGUCCAGGACCAGCUCUUCCCUGAGCCGGACUUCCCUCUCCCAGACGUCACUGGUGACCCUCUGCCUCCUUUCGAAGGCGCAAGGCUGGUGACCUCACUCCUCCUCAGAGCCAAGGCCCCACCAGCAGGGCCUAGUGGAGGUGGGGGCUCCCUGCCUCACCUCAGCUCAGGUCCUCAGCACUGAUUUGGGGUUGGAUGUCAGGAACCAAGAGCCGGCCCUGAGGAGGGGGCAGCAGGGCCUGAGCUGACCCUUCAAACCUGGGACCAGGCUGAGAGUCUGUCCAUCUGGGAUGGUAAAGCCCCUGGGCAGUCCUGGAGACAUGUUGGGUCCCCCAGUGGGCCAAGGUGGGGGUCUUCCUAGAACGGAGACAGGUGUCCUGCCUUCAACACACCAUUGGCCUCACACCUGAGUGUGGUGUGUGUUCUUAGCAUGUGUGGCCCAGACACACGGUAUCAUCUUUGUGGGUGGUAUGUCGUCUCGGUGUGUAGUGUGGUCAGCAGUGGCCUUCGUGUCCACAGGGAGGCUGAGCCAUGUGCCACAGGCUCCUGGUGCCAUCUCCACACCCACGCCCCAAGUGGCUCCCACAAUUAGCGCCCAUCCCAGUGGCUGGGCGGCUGGCCCUGGGGACACCUGGGUUCUUGGCACAGAGGCCCCUGCCCAGUGUCCCUUGGCCACAAACACCUGUGGUCAGAACUGGCAGUGAAAGCCAGGCAGGCAGUGGCAAGCAGGCACCCCUCCUAGGCCUGGCAGGACGGCGGGCAGGGAGGCUUAGGGCCAGGGCCUACUGGGAGAGGGAAGAGUAGGUGUCUGACCCGAGGGAGAUCCGGGCAUCAGGAGUCAGGAAGGGCUGCUCAGGGAAGGGCAGAUCCGGCGUCCAAGGGGGUCUCAGCCCACAUGGGCCUCUCCUCUCCCUCCAGAAACUGCGAGCCCCUCACCCCCAGCCAGGGUCAGGGUCCCAGGCCUCGCUCCUGACCCUCUGGCAAGAAGGGCUUGCCCAUGGGUAGGGGAAGAGCCCCCAGUCCCUGGCCCCAAAGUUUUCCCCUCCUGGGUCCAGAGCAGGUGUGGCUGCCUGGCUGGCAGGCCCCUCCCCAAAGCCUCGCCCAGCCCCAGCCGGCCUGUCAUAAAUAGGAGGCUGCCCGCUGGUGUCGGGCCACAUCCCAUCUUGUCGCCUGCUGGAGCCACGCUAUUGCAGCUGCCCGCCCGCCACGGGGGAUGGAGGCAUCUGCACACAGAGGCUCCUGCUUCAAGGCUGGAACUGUGGUCCAAACAACCAGUGAGGGACUCGGGAUCUGGAAGUACCCCCAGGGCCAGCCACCACUGCCGCCGCUGCCUGAGGACACGCCACCACGGCCCGAGGACAGACCGCUGCCACCCGAGGACAGGCCAGGGGAGAGGCUGGUGGAGCUGCACACUUCUUUCAGGGAGCUGUUCACUUUCUUCUGCACCAAUGCCACCAUCCACGGCACCAUCCGCCUGGUCUGCUCCCGCCAGAACCGCCUCAAGACGGCGUCCUGGGGGCUGCUGCUCGUGGGCGCCCUGGGUGCGCUCUACUGGCAAUUUGGGCUCCUCUUCGAGCAGUACUGGCGCUACCCGGUCAUCAUGACGGUGUCUGUGCACUCUGAGCGGAAGCUCUUCCCGUCGGUCACUCUGUGUGACAUGAACCCCCACCGGCCCAGCCCCGCUCGCCGCCAUCUGCAGGCGCUGGAUGAGUUUGCCCAGGAGAAUAUCUACUCCCUCUACAAGUUCAACUUCAGCGAGAGCUGGGAGGGCCCCUUCGCUGAGGACCUGGGCCCCGAGCCCUCCUUCCAGCUGGACCGUGGGAUCCGCCUUCAGCGGCUGAACCACCCAGGCCGCCAGAGCAAAGUGGGUUUCAGACUGUGUAACAGCACCGGCGGCGACUGCUUCUACCGGGUCUACUCGUCAGGCGUGACGGCCGCCCGAGAGUGGUACCGCUUCCACUACAUGAACAUCCUGGCCCUGCUGCCCCCCACCCGAGAGGACAGCCACCGGAGCCACGGCGGCCACUUUGUCUUCUCCUGUCGCUACAACGGCCGGGACUGCCAGGCCCGGCACUUCCAGACGUUCCACCAUCCCACCUACGGCAGUUGCUACACCUUCAAUGGAGCCUGGGCCGCACAGCACCCGGGCAUCACCCAUGGGAUCAGUCUGGUCCUCAGGACGGAGCAGCAGGACCACCUCCCUCUACUAUCCACGGAGAAUGGCAUCAAGGUCAUGAUUCACAGGAGGAACCAAACACCCUUCCUGGAGCACCGCGGCUUCAGCAUCCGGCCAGGGACAGAGACCACCAUUGGCAUCCGAGAGGACGAGGUGCACAGGCUUGGGAGCCCCUACGGCCACUGCUCGGACGGCAUGGAGGCUGUGGACGUGCCACUGCUCUACAAUGCCACGUACACCAUGCAGGCCUGCCUGGUCUCCUGCUUCCAGCAGCUGAUGGUGGAGACCUGCUCCUGCGGCUACUACCUCUACCCCCUGCCAGUGGGGGCCGAGUACUGCAGCUACACACGGCACCCAGCCUGGGGACACUGCUUCUACCGCCUCUACCGGGACCUGGAGACCCACCGGCUCCCCUGCGCCUCCCGCUGCCCCAGGCCCUGCAGGGAGUCUUCAUACAAGCUCUCUGCUGGGACCUCCAGGUGGCCUUCCUCCAAGUCGGCAGACUGGAUCCUGGCUGUGCUGGGCAAGCGGGGCCACCAGAAGCCCAGCCAGAGCCCCAGGAGCAACAUUGCCAAGAUGAACAUCUUCUACCAGGAGCUCAACUACCGCACAGUGGACGAGACGCCCGUGUACUCGGUGCCGCAGCUGCUUUCGGCCAUGGGCAGCCUCUGGAGCCUGUGGUUCGGCUCAUCCGUCCUCUCUGUCCUGGAGCUGCUGGAGCUGCUGCUCGACGCCACGGCCCUCGCCCUGCUGCUGUGCUGCCGCCGGCUCCGCAGGGCUUGGAGGUCCCAGCCAGGGGCGGCCACAAGGGCGUCUGGCCCCAGGCCAGAGGCCACCCCAUUGCCCAGUGACUGCGGGCCUGACCUCAAAUGUUCAGGGACUCCAGCAGGAGCCUCAGCUGAGGAGUCUCGGCUGUGAGUGUCUUUGCACACAUCUCUGCAAGGGAGCAUGUCUGUGUUUGGUGUCAGUGUUGUGUGUCUGCAUGCGUGUUUCUAAGUGUACGGACGAUGCCCAUCUACACCUGUGUGUGGGGGGGAACCAGGCAGCGGCUCCCUCGGCUCAGGUCAGGUGGGAGGCCCAGGCCAAGGCACUCAGUGACCUGGGGCUGCUCUGCAAUAAAAUCAGCAAUUCCACCUGGA